UUUUCUUUUUCUAAAGCAAGCAAAACAAAUCAAAUUUAAUCAGCUGAUUGAAGAGGAACAACAAUACAAAAUUCUUUUAGCCUAUCUCUGCUAGAAUGGAAAGCAAUCGGCCAUAUAUUCUGGCUAAUGGCAAAACAAUCAAUUUACUAUUAUCAGUUCGGCAGUUGUCAGCGUACGUUCUGCCGGUACAUUUGUUCAAAUAUCGUGGUUGUGGGUUAAACAAGAUAAAUAAAACAUAAAAAUACGAGUAAAAAAAAAAAAAAAAAAAAAAAGAAACGUUUGAAAUGCGUUUCAUACCAUUUUUGAUCGUUUUUAUAUUUUCAAGUCGGCGAGCAAAUGCCUUAAAUGAAACGUCGCGUUUUGUAUUAAAGGAGUCAAACGUGCGUUUCGCUCAGAUGCGAUGUGCGGAGAAAUACGCAGAUGUCGGGCCCUUCCCAAAUUAUGCAGAUACCCCCGCCAACCAUUGUUACGUUUACUGCCUGUUUUACAAAUUGGGUCUAAUCGAUCUACGUAGCCGUGAUUUGGACCAAAAAAAAUUGCAAGACGUUUGUGAAGAUUUUGGUUUUGAAAGAGUGAAAGAUUUGCCGAAAUCUUUGAGUGGCCGUUGUCGGGACUAUUACAAAAUCUUAGUGGAAUGUAAACAUAGAUAUCGGGAUUUGUUUGAAUUCAUCUUCAAUGAGCGGUCGCCGAAAACGACGGCGAACAAUAUCGGUGAGUCUGCCACCGAAACUUGUGCCGGCGGAUUGUUUACCGCAAACAAUGUAGAUUUUCUUGUUAAGCCUGUACUUGCUGAACAACUGAAAUUUGUAUGCAUUUUUGCCAAUUUUCAUUAUUUGGAUGCCUAUCAAAGAGUCGAUGUUGAAGAAAUUAUGAUAAGCUAUGAUGAGGCUCAAGCGUUAAAACAGCACACUCGGGAAAUUGUUGAAGACUGUGCACAUCGUGCUAAUGCCCUGUAUAAGAAAAACGAUUAUGGUGAUAUGGCUUUAACUUUACAUAAGUGUCUGCGUAGAGAAAGUUCUGAUUAUUCGAAGGUGUUCGCUCUAAGAGAUAAGAAUAGUCGUAAAUAUUAAAUCUCUGAAGCUAUUUAUUGAAUAAAAUUUUUGAAUGAAGUAAAGUUUUCUCUUUUAUAUUGUAAUUUAAUAACAUCCCCACCGAAUAGUAGUGGGAUUUAAUGAG